AUGUACAUAACCGGUUGGCGGCUUCACUUUAUAAGUCUAGGCUUGCUUGUCGCCGUUUUCAUUGUCCAAAUGGAAUCCUCCAUCAUCAGCACCGCAGUGCUCGACAUUACCAAUCACCUAGGGGGUUAUGAAAAGAGCUCUUGGUUGUUUACAGCCUAUCUCAUGACAUACUGCGGGCUACAGAUGGUAUGGGCUAAGAUCUCAGACAUCGUCGGUCGUAAGCCGGCCGUGUUAGCUUCGUUGUUCAUUUUCACGUUGUUCUCUGGUCUAUGUGGCUCUAGUCACAGCCUUACACAAUUGAUUCACUUCCGAUGGGCACAAGGUGUUGGCGGGUGCGGAGUAUUUGCUCUUGUCCAGCUGGUCUUUUUCGAACUCGUUCCGCCGCGGAAAUGGCCUGCAUAUAUAAGCUUAGUCACUGGCUUCAUUGCGCUAUCUCUAAUUGCAGGGCCGCUACUUGGAGGUGCCAUCACGCUACAUGGAAGUUGGAGAUGGAUCUUUCUGUUGAACGUUCCCGUCGGAGCUUUGACUCUACUUUGUCUUUAUACGGUCUUUCCGCGCCGGCUUCGAAACGAGCCGGCGGCGCGGAUUGGCGGCGGUCCGACUCAGCAGACGCUCUCACUUCAAUCCCUUCGUCGCGUAGAUGCAUCCGGCUCCCUUCUUCUAUUAGGAUCUUGCGUCAUGAGCGCAACAGCCCUCCAGCAGGCAGCUACGGGGGACCAAUGGGACUCACCUGUAGUAUUGGGGCUAUUGGUUUGCACUGGACCUCUGAUUAUGCUCUUUUUCAUCUGGCAGUGGUAUGUUACUACGCGAGAGAGCACGAUAGAGCCCGUAUUUCCGUGGAGAUUUUGUCAGAGUAGGAUACGUGUUGGCAUGAUCAUAAAUACAUAUUUAGUUGGCACUGUUCUAUCAGUUUGCGUCGUUCAGAUUCCACAGCGGUUCUCAACCGUGUACGGACUCUCUCCAUUUACAGCAGCAACAAAGCUACUAUCUUUUGGUGUAUUUGUCCCCGCUGGGUCCUCACUUGCUGCUGGACUGAUGGGAAAACUUCGGAUACCACCUUGCUGGGUUGUGCUUGGAGGAGCCAUCCUGCAAAUUGUUGGUUUGGCCCUACUCUCGGAAAUUUCCGAUUGGAAGGUAAUCAAACCUGCCCAGUAUGGCUUUCAGAUCCUUGCUGGGACUGGUGUGGGUUUUGUGAAUGCUGCACUCACUUUAUUGGUGCCUUAUGCAAUGGAAAAAAGAGAUCUUGCAACUGGAACAUCUGCGGUAUCCCAAUUCAGAGUCCUUGGAGGGCUCCUCGGUAUAUCUAUAGUGACCUCAGUCUCGACGCCAUAUGUGCGCACACAUCUGCUCAACAUCCUGUCGCCUCAGACAGCGCUCCAAGUGCUUGAAAGAACAGAAGCCUUAGGCAUGCUGGACGAAGAAUUAAAGCAGAGAGUAAGAAAAGUGUUCAUGAAUGGAUACACAUUGCAGCUUCGUGUUCUUAUUGGCUUCGCUGUUGCGCAGAUUCCAGCUACUUUACUUAUGUGGACCAAUCAAAUUGCUGAGCCUGGGGCAAUGAAGAGGUGAAGGAAGUGUUGUCUGAGGUCUUCCUCGUUCCUGACGAGAUGGCUGCUUCAGCUCCUAGGGUGAGUCUGCUGAGCGACUCGGUCGGAAUGGGCCAGAACACGCGCAAGCGUGAUUGCUCUCCUAAUAUACCGCAUCAUGCCCCUAAAUGCUUCAACAGAAGCCGCCG